GUCUCACUCUGUCACUCACUCCUUGUGGGGUCACACACUCAAAAUCAAAUCAAAACCCUAAAUUCCCAAUUCACCAAACCCUACAAUGACCUCACAAGUUGUCCUACACAACAAUUUCGAAACCAAACCCUCCGCCACCGUCACCACCAUCGUCGAGUCCCCAUCCGUCGCGCCGCCAUCGCUCGCCGUCGCGAAGAGACCUUCCACCAAGGACCGCCACACCAAGGUCAACGGCCGCGGCCGCCGCGUCCGCAUGCCGCCGCUCUGCGCCGCGCGCAUUUUCCAGCUCACGCGCGAGCUCGGCCACCGAUCCGACGGCGAGACCAUCGAGUGGCUCCUCCGCCAUGCCGAGACCUCCAUUAUAGCCGCUACCGGCUCCGGCACCGUCCCCGCCGCCCCCGUCUCCUCCGUUGGGCCCUCCGCUCCCUCCUCCGAGCCCAUGGUCGCCUGCCCCGUCACGGCGGUCGGCGCUCAGGGAAUGUUCGCCGUGCCGCCGCAGCCGAGUUGCCGGCUCGACCUUUCCCCGCCGCCUGGGAUGGAGUUCGCGGUGAACGGUUACCGGCACAUGCCGUUCACUGCGCUUCUGUUGCAGCCGGCGACGGCGGACGAAAAUCAGAACGACGAGUCUCUCGGCGAACAAUGAUAGCGGUUCGAACCAUUGGAUUUUUUUUAUUUUUAAUUUUAUUGAUUUUUGGGUUAGUUUUUGGUUUUGCGUGGAAUCAAUGUAAAUUACUAUUAUAAACCGUAUGAAUGUGAAUAUUAUAAUAUAUUUGGACCUUUUUUGGUUUGGGGGUUUAAUAAUGUGUACAAAAUUUAGAUUCGGAUUUGAAUUCGGCGGUCAUUGGGAGUAGAAUAAGACGAGCAUUUUCUUCGUCGUGUUAAAAUUCCAAGGUAUGGUUUUGCCCAAAAGUUUUAUGAUGAUUUUCGAGA